AUGUAAAGAUAAAAAAGAAAAAAAAUAGUAAGAUAAAAGAAAAUAAUGAUAUAUGUAUAGAAGAAGCGUAUAAAACCACGACGGGUGCAACGUGACCGAGAAACCACGUGAUUGAAUUAGCCAAUUGCAAGGUACGCGGGUAUGCUGUCACGUUGCAUUCGGCGUGGCUCACAUUCCCCUUGCUCUUACAGCCUAUCUCUCCUGCUCUAUGUCUGCUGAACAAGUUGUAUGCUGGCAUAUGCGAGCAAUACUGCUGUUUCUUGUAUUUCGCGUCAAUAUUUAUUCGUUACAAAUUCAUUAGUGUAUUAUUAUAUUAUUCGAUCUCUGUAAUCUUUACACGAUCAUUUAAUUAUUGGAAAAUAUAAAACAUUGAACCGAGUGUGUAUGUUGCUACUUCAAGUUGCGAUUAGAUCAGUGCAUCGAAUAAGGAACAACGAUAUUCGGAUAUAUUGCAAUGUCUAUACAUGCUCACAAUUUUUCGUAGUUUGUUAUUGCUGAUGCUGUUGGUUCUUAUCGCAGUAAAUCGAAUUGGAAACCUAUCUUUGGAGACGUGCACCCUGACAUUUCAUAACGAUAUCGAUAAUUGAUUGAUUAUUGAAAUCAAUUUUAAAAAAGAUAGAGAAAAAGUGAUAAGGAAGCUAUUCACAAAAUUUUAUGUUCCGAGAAACAGUAUAUAUUUCAACAUUGAGCUUCUCUUCGUUCUUCGCCUCCUUAUCUUGCUCUGUUUAGAGAAUUUCUAUUUGAUGUGGGAAAUUAUUAACGCUUAAAGAAGAAUAAAAGAUUUUAGAAAUGUAAUUAAAAAAAGAGAAAAGUGAGAAAAAAAAAUAAGAAAAGAAUAAGAAAAUGCUGAAAUUAUCGGAAUCGUUACAAAGAAGAUAUAUAAUCAUGCGCAAUAUGUAUCAAGGACAAAUGAUCUUUGAGAGAUACGAAUUUUUUUUUUUUUAUAAACAGGGAAAAAUUUUAAUGGAGUGAAUGAUCGAUCAUCCGGGGUCCCAAUUUUAAUGACUUAAACAAUGAUCUUUUGCUCGGCAUGAUCGAUUUGAUGAUUAUAGGGAUUCAAGGAGAGACGCAUCCUUCGAAUUAUAUUUUUCUUAGAAAAGAAACAAUAGAAGAAAAACGAAAAGAAAGAAAAAGAAAAGAAAAAAGUGACAAAAAGAUAAAGAAAAUGCAUUUAUAUGUAUAUACAAAUGUGUGUGUGCGCGUGAAACAGUAAAAUUGCACAGAGAAAAAGGAAAACAUUUUUGUCGUUUAAAAACUUAUUGCUAGUACAGUUGAAUAUGUUAUAUUGAAAAAAAAGAGUGGGAAGAAUCAGAAGAAAAGGGAAACUAUAUUCAAAGGAUAUAAGACAAAAAGAGGAAAAUGACGGGUAGUCGUAGUAGCGAAAUAAAUCCGAAAGAGGGAUUGUAUGAUGAAGGUGGAAAACAUACGGUCCAUUGGUUUCGCAAAGGUCUCAGACUUCACGAUAAUCCUUCAUUGAGGGAAGGUCUUGCUGGAGCUUCCACUUUCCGUUGCGUAUUUGUUUUGGAUCCAUGGUUUGCUGGAAGCACUAACAUUGGUAUCAAUAAAUGGAGAUUUUUGCUACAGUGCUUGGAAGAUCUUGAUUGUUCAUUAAGAAAAUUAAACUCUAGACUAUUUGUGAUACGAGGACAGCCGGCAGAUGCUCUGCCGAAAUUGUUUAAAGAAUGGGGUACUACAAAUCUGACUUUUGAAGAGGAUCCAGAGCCAUUCGGACGUGUCCGAGAUCAUAAUAUCUCGGCACUUUGUAAAGAGCUUGGUAUUUCGGUAGUUCAAAAGGUCUCACAUACUCUUUACAAAUUGGAUGAAAUUAUUGAGAGGAAUGGUGAUAAACCUCCGUUAACUUAUCAUCAAUUUCAAACCGUCGUUGCCAGCAUGGAUCCUCCGGAACCACCAGUACCAACAGUUACUUCCGCUUGUGUAGGUUCGGCAUAUACUCCUUUGAAAGAAGAUCAUGACGAUCAUUAUGGUGUACCGACGCUCGAAGAACUUGGUUUCGACACAGAAGGUCUCCUUCCACCUGUGUGGGUCGGAGGUGAAAGUGAAGCUCUGGCACGAUUGGAACGGCAUCUAGAGAGAAAAGCAUGGGUGGCCAGUUUCGGAAGGCCAAAAAUGACUCCGCAAUCAUUGUUGCCUAGUCAAACCGGUCUUUCACCUUAUUUACGAUUCGGAUGUUUGAGCACUCGAUUAUUUUAUUACCAACUCACUGAUCUCUAUAAGAAAAUAAAGAAAGCUGUACCGCCGCUUUCAUUGCAUGGCCAACUUUUAUGGCGUGAAUUUUUUUAUUGCGCCGCAACGAAAAAUCCAAAUUUUGAUCGUAUGCAAGGUAAUCCAAUUUGCGUGCAAAUUCCUUGGGAUAAAAACGUUGAGGCACUCGCUAAAUGGGCAAACGGUCAGACGGGAUUUCCUUGGAUCGAUGCAAUAAUGACUCAACUAAGAGAAGAAGGUUGGAUACAUCAUUUGGCUAGACAUGCAGUUGCUUGUUUCUUAACCAGAGGUGACCUUUGGAUCUCCUGGGAAGAAGGAAUGAAGGUAUUUGAUGAGCUGUUACUAGAUGCUGAUUGGUCAGUAAAUGCAGGAAUGUGGAUGUGGUUGUCGUGUAGCUCUUUCUUUCAACAAUUUUUUCACUGCUAUUGUCCAGUAAGAUUUGGCAGGAAAGCCGAUCCGAAUGGUGAUUACAUUAGACGAUAUUUGCCAGUUUUGAAAAAUUUUCCCACGAGAUAUAUUCACGAACCAUGGAAUGCACCACUUAACGUGCAACGUGCAGCUAAAUGUAUCAUUGGCAAAGACUAUUCGUUACCAAUGGUGAAUCAUAGCAAAAGUUCUAGAAUUAACAUUGAAAGAAUGAAACAAGUUUAUCAACAAUUAAAUAAAUAUCGUGGAAAUGGAGUAUCUCUUAAAGGAGAAACUGUUGCUUUUCGGCAAGGUUUACUGAAUGCACUACCACCUCCAUCAAUGAAAGAAACUGAAGAAGAAAAAAAGAAAAAACAAUCUCUGCCACCAUCAGAAAAUCAAUCAAAAAUGGAAAUUCUUCCUAAGACGACGCAACGACAACACCAUCAUUAAUAAUCGGUUAUAUAAUACGGAAAUAACAAUUUAUUGAUCCGGAAGAAUGAAAUUUCAAUUAUUUCUUAUUUUUAUUUAA